AUGAGCAUCCUGUUGCUCCUCCUGGGCUGCCUCGUGUGCCUCUUCCUGCUGGUCUUCUGGCCUCGUGACUGUCAGAGACACACUGGUGAAACAUCAUCAAACUCGACUGCUUUCCUACUAGUGAGACCAUCUUCUGUGACUGAGUCAGCUAACAGCGAUGGUGACAACAGUGUGACAGUCAUCCGCCUCUCUCGGGACACCUUAAUUAAUUCCCCGAGCUCCGAGGUUGUGGACAAACUAGUAGUGGUAAACCUCAGGGUGGUGGAAUACAACCUCGCCGAACUGGAACGUUUGGUAGUCACCAGGCGCUUAAGUGGCACACUAGUGAACCAUAAACCCACCGGGCAGGCUGGCAGCAUGUGCUGA